GUUCCGUGGGCGGGCUUGCUCGCUAGGAGCCAUCACGGCCCUCGAGCUCGCGCGCAGCCAGGAACCCUCGGCGCCAGGCUCGCAGACUCGCGGCGGGCGCGGUCUGCUGAGGGCACCCGCAGCGAGCCCACCGUCUGCGCGACGGGAGGGAAGGGCGAUCAGAGUGGUGCAUCGCGGCCAUUUAGAGGCGGGGUGCAAUUGGCUGGCCACGAUGCUGCGUCUGGCGUGCAUGGCUAGUCCCGUGGCCUUGACCGCCCUUUCACGUCGUGAGCCUUGAUCCAUCGCACGGGCCCCCGCCCGCCUCUUCGAUUCUCCGCUCGAUUCCUCUCGCAUCACACCGCUCUGCCUGCUCAGCACAGAGCUCUGCCCAGCUGAGCGCCCGAACCUCCUCCUCUCCAUUACAAACAUGGAGUCCAACCUCGACAACCUCGACCUGUACGCCUUCGACCAGCCGUUCGACCCGAAUCGCCCGUCGUUCAACUACAACCUCUCGCACCAGACCUGGCCGCUUCCGCCCGCCCAGAUGCCGCAACAGCACGACGGCACCCACCAGCAGCAGCAACACCAGCAUGACCAGCGACGCGUCAACACGGUAGCCACCACGCAGGCCCACAGCCCCAAUGGCCUGCCACACACCUCCGGCGCCAUCGCGCCGCACCAGCUCCAGACGACGGGCCUCACCUUUCCGUCCGCAAUGGCCACGAACCCCAUGCUGGCUGAGUGGAUCAACCUGAGCGCGAGCACCGGCUUCGCUCAGCAGGCUUUCGGCACCGAUCUAUCUUCUCUGGGGGGAGACUAUGGCGCAUUCGGUGCCGGUCCGCUGCAAACCUCGCCUGUUGAUUUCCCCAUCAACACCUCGCAGGCGCUCAUGACUUCAAUGUCCAUGAACGCCCCCUCCGCGUUUGGCAUGAUGGCGACCACCUCCAUGGACAUGACCCAGCAGAUGGCGCCCUUUGGCAUGGCAGACUUCGCGCAGGACUUCUCCAACAUAUCAAAUGGGCAGGAGUUCAGCGUCUCGAGCGCCGUGUCAGCGAGCGCCGGCAGCGGCUCGCCUACUGAGCAGUGGUUGGAGGUCAGGUCGCUCUCCAGCAGCGACAACGGGUGGAACACUGUCGACUUCGGCCACCGCAACUCGUACGACUUCUCGAGCGAUCCCACCGCCCUCAUUAUAAAUCCCGCACAGACACUUCACAUCCGCACCAACUCAGAUUCGUCAAAUCAGUCGGAUGCGCCGCCGUCGGCCCAUUCUUUCAGCAGUUACGACGAGAUUCACUACCCCAUGCACUCUCCCCAAUCCGAAGCCGAGAACCAGCUCGACCUCACACACUCACCACACUCGCACAGCCACUCGUCUAGCUGUCACCAUGGUCUCCCCAACCUGGACCAGGAGUACUCCAACUACAUCUCACCCAACCAGUCCGUCAGCCCACCCAUGCCUCGCGCUGAACCCGUGGACAUCAAGCAGUCCGCGUCAAGCUCCUCCUCCCCGACCUCUUCUGCAGUUAGCUCACCGCCAACUCGCCGGAGAAAGUCUCCAGUCACAACUCCCAUCGGAUCAAAGCCGGCUAAGACCAUCGCCAAGAAGACUCCACCAGCACACACCACCAAGAAGGAUGCGUCAGGCGAGAAGCGUGUAGGAAGAAGGCGCGGUCCUUUGAGGCCCGAACAGCGACAACAAGCACACGAGAUCCGAAAGCUCCGUGCUUGCUUGCGGUGUAAGUUCCUCAAGAAGACUUGUGACAAGGGUGACCCGUGCGGUGGCUGCCAGCCAUCGCACGCUCGUCUCUGGCAAGUCCCCUGCACACGUAUCGACAUCAAAGACAUUGCCUACUUCAUGAAGGACUGGAAGGCCGACUACGAGCGCCAUGUCAGCCUCGGAUUCUCCAUCGGUAACAUCAAGGGCUUCUCACCCCAGGAACGACCCAUUUACAUCACUCAUGGGUACGGCCACUACCUUCCCAUCAUGGCCCGUGAGGUGUACGUCCGGGAUGAGAAGUGCUUUGGUGUUGACUGGUUUGAGAGCUUGAACGGUCUCCACUUCGAGAUCAACACUGCCAAGCUCUCUGCGGGUAUGGAGGGCAUCUCGCGAAGCAUGCUUUCCGACUACUUGGACCGCCACAUUGAUGGCGGUUUUGAGCCGUUCAUCGAUGAAUACUUUGAGGGCACUUACUUCGUAACCGAGAUCCUCAAGACUGCCUACCGCUUCUACUGCCGCGAGAAGCUUCCAGUUAUCCGCAAGGCUCUGAAGCUCGUUGUUGCUUACAACCUGACUCUGCACGUUACCAUGGUCGAAGGCCUUGGUGGCGAGGAGGUCAAUAUCGGCAAGGUCGAAGACAACCAGUCCAAGUUCCACGGCAAGACAGUGGCUCCCGUCAUGAUCAACUUCCAGGUCAAAUGUGCCCUCGCCGACAUGUGGCGUGAGCUUCAAAAGGACGUUCUCGAAGAGCUCUCUGCGCUGUACUCCUCUGUCUACAGCGGUGACAAGCUGAAGAAUUGGCCCACCAUCUUCAUGCUCGCUGCCAUCAUCCUCGCUGUCUGGGAGCUGAUCCAGUUCGACUGCAAUUACCGUGUGCCGGACCAGCCUGCGGUGCAGAAGUUUUGCAACGACAUGGAGUCGACACCCGUGGGAGUCAUUGUUGGUCUCUUCUCAGCCAUCUCCCAGAAGCUCCCUGCGUUCUCGGAGUGGGAUACCCGGAAACACCACAACCUGCUGAACUCCAAUCCGGCGGUGUGCGAUGCGAUGACCGAGGUCCGUGCGCAUGUAACCAAAUAUGAUACGUACUUGCGAUCAAGAAGCGAGUGCAAGUUCGACCGCAACGAUUUCGACUCGCUAUCGAACAAGUUUCUCUCCAAGCUCGUCAUCCGAGCCAACUAGACCGCCCUCAUCUUCAUCGACAUCCUCUAGGCUGCUCUCAUCAUUACCCCACCUAUUGCCUAGAACUCAUCACCUGCCGCCGACCCACCCAGCCCAACACUUACAGAUUCACGAUAAUGUGUCUGAAGUUUGCACCCGCAGACUACGAUCGCUCUUACGGCUGACGACCCCAAAAGCAUGAUGACGACUUUCUAUGUUCGAUGCUCACAACUGCUUUGUUGCUUUGAUUCCCCGGCGUCCUGGACGCUAAGUUCAUGACCUCGACCCACCCGAUUCGCACACCAACUACAAACACUCACUACAGCGGCAUGGGACGUUUUUCUUAUGACGGUUGCUCUUACGGAUCGACGAUGGCAUACGCGUUAAGUGGCCACGACAACGACCUCAUUG